GCACCGCACCACCGUGGACACCGCCGUGCGUAAAGCCUGCGCACUUCUCUGCUCCGCCGCUCCUGUAACAGCUGACCUGCCGCGCCGCAUCCCUCCACCUCCACUGGAUAUCUUCUCCUCUCAUACCCCCGCAGUCCAGAAACCUGGUCUGGUUUGGAGGACGAAGUGGAAGGAGGUGUGAUGAGGUGGAAUGCCGUGCGCUCUGCUCGGAGGAUCCAAACCUGCGCGACCGUCCAGCUGAGGUGAAGCAGGGAGAGAGAGAUUUUGGGAGAGUCGUGUGGGAGCUGAACCCCCGCCCCCCGCCCCCCGAAGAAAAACGAGGACACAACAAGUUUGAGGCAUGAGCCCCCACUGCUGACGGAGGAGUGAGGAGGAGAAGGAGGAGGUGCUUUGUUCCCAUACUCUAGUUUUCUAUCCAGACUUUUCCACCACAAAGUCAAAGUUGGGCAACGCGGAGGAGAAGUUUCCGGAGAGUAAAUAACAAAUAACAGUGCAGAGCCCCUAUCUCCUGACAGCUCCACUGUCUGUGUGUGUGUGUGUGUGUGUUUCUGCUGCAGCGUUGUGGCUCCCCCACAUGCACACUACAGGUCCACUCUAAAUGCGGACAGGUCUGCGGUCAGUGAGUGCGCACAGCCGAGCCGCCGGUGCCACUUGGUCUUUAGGAGAUCACGGAGAAACAGGAGCAUUUCGUUUGUGAUCGUGCGCCAUGGAGGUGACACGCCAGAGCAUCGUCCUGCUGCUGGGCUGCAUCCUCCUGGUCUCUGCAGAGGAAGAGGUCCUGAUGAACACUAAGACCGAGACAUCUGAUCUGAAAUGGACCAUCUUCUCACGCACCAAACCCGAGUGGGAGGAAUUGAGUGGUUUAGAUGAUGAGAACAACAGCGUGAGGACUUAUGAGAUCUGCCAGAGCGACAGCUCGUCCAGCCACUGGCUGCGCAGCGGCUUCAUCCCGCGCCGAGGAGCAUCUCAGGUGUACGUGGAGCUGAGGUUCACCAUGUUGGAGUGUUCCUCCAGGAGCACCCACCACCGCAGCUGUAAGGAGACCUUCAACCUCUACUACUUCCAGGCAGACUCCAACGAGGCCACAGCCACUUACCCCCCCUGGAUGGAGAAUCCUUACACUAAGGUGGACACAGUGGCUGCAGACUUUCUCCUGAGGAAGGGCGGGGAGCGGAAAUUCAAUGUGAAGACCUUAAGAAUCGGCCCUCUAUCCAAGAGAGGGUUCUACUUGGCUUUCCAGGCUCAGGGUGCCUGCAUGGCCCUGCUCUCUGUCCGGGUGUUCUUCAAAAAGUGUCCCCCCCUGCUCAGCGCUCUUUCCUCUUUCCCCGAGACUGUGCCCCGCAUGCUUGUGCAGGAGGCACAGGGUGUGUGUGUGGAGCACGCCGCCCAGCAGGGGCCGCGACCUCGCCCUCCCAAGCUCUUCUGCGGGGAAGAUGGCCAGUGGGUGGGCCAGCCAACCACCUCCUGCGCCUGCCUGGCGGGAUAUGAGGCCACUGAGGGACAAACGCUGUGCACAGCCUGUCCUGUGGGUCAGUUCAAGCCGGGCACAGAGGGACAGUGCGUAAGCUGUCCAAGGUUCAGCCACACCACCGUCAGGGGCGCGUCGGUGUGUGCGUGUCGCAUGUACGGAUACCUGCGUGCAGAGACCGACGCUCCCGACACCCAGUGCACCAAAACUCCGUCAGCCCCUCGCAGCAUCAGCACCAAGAUCAACGACACCACCCUCAGCCUGGAGUGGAACGAGCCCCUGGACAACGGGGGCAGAACGGACAUGAGCUACGCCGUCAAGUGCUCCGUGUGCCGGCCGCCCGGUGGAGCGUGCGUCCCCUGCGGAGACAGUGUCAGCUACCGGCCGGCUCAGCAGGGCCUGCUGGGUCGCAGGGUGGAGGUGUGGGGCCUGCUGCCGCACACCACCUACACCUUCACCGUCCAGGCGCUCAACGGGGUGUCUCCGCACAGCGGCAAGGAGCCGGCCAGUGAAAGCGUCAACAUCACUUCAAGCCAUGACGUGCCGUCGCUGGUGUCUGUGAUUCGGAAGAGUGACUCCACAGAGAGCAGUCUGACUCUGCACUGGUCAGUACCAGCUCAGCAGCACUACAACAUCCUGCAGUAUCAGCUACGCUACUGUGAGAAGGAGCGGCGCAGUGAGGAUCAGUGCCACUACACGGAGAGUAACCGAAACCAGGCCGUGCUGACGGACCUCCGCAGGGCCACUCAGUAUGAGGUGCAGGUGAGGGUGCGCACCGUGGCUGGUUAUAGCAGCUUCAGCCCUGCAGCCAUCUUCCGCACCCUGCCUGAUGGACAGGACUCGGCCUCCCAGUACUUGCUACCUGGCAUCCUCAUCGCCGCCGGGAUGCUGCUGCUGGUCACCUUCGUCUUUGUGGCCGCUUACUGCAUACGCAGACACAGCCGAUUAAAGGAUCCAGAACUGAGCGACAAAAACAGCCAGUACCUAGUUGGCCAAGCCGGGGUCAAAGUUUAUAUCGACCCCUUCACCUACGAGGACCCGAAUGAGGCGGUGCGAGAGUUUGCCAAGGAAAUCGAUGUUUCCUUUGUCAAGAUUGAGGAGGUCAUCGGUGCCGGAGAGUUUGGGGAGGUGUGUCGAGGACGACUGCGAGCUCCGGGGAAAAAGGAAAACUACGUCGCAAUAAAGACACUGAAGGGGGGCUACACUGACAAGCAGAGGCGGGACUUCCUGUCCGAGGCGUCCAUCAUGGGCCAGUUCCAGCAUCCCAACAUCAUCCACCUGGAGGGGAUCAUCACGGCCAGCUGUCCAGUCAUGAUCCUCACAGAGUUCAUGGAGAACGGAGCUCUGGACUCCUUCCUACGGCUGAACGACAGCCAGUUCACGCCCAUCCAGCUGGUGGGCAUGCUGCGCGGCAUCGCCUCGGGCAUGAAGUACCUGGCAGAGAUGAGUUACGUCCACCGGGACCUGGCCGCCCGCAACAUCCUGAUCAACAGCAACCUGGUGUGCAAGGUGUCCGACUUCGGCUUGUCUCGCUUCCUGCAGGAGAAUUCGUCUGACCCGACCUACACCAGCUCUCUGGGAGGAAAGAUCCCGAUUCGCUGGACGGCACCGGAGGCGAUCGCCUUCAGAAAGUUUACCUCGGCCUCAGAUGUGUGGAGCUACGGCAUCGUCAUGUGGGAGGUCAUGUCUUUUGGAGAGAGGCCGUACUGGGACAUGAGCAACCAGGAUGUUAUCAAUGCCAUAGAGCAGGACUACAGGCUGCCGCCACCCCCCGACUGCCCCACCCACCUGCACCAGCUGAUGUUGGACUGCUGGCAGAAGGACCGCUCUGCACGCCCUCGCUUCACGGACCUCGUCAGCGCCCUGGACAAGCUGAUCCGCAAUCCCGCAUCACUGAAAAUAGUCGCCCAGGAGGGAGCAGGGCCGUCCUACAGCCUGCUGGACCAGCGUGCACCUUUAGCCCUCUCGUCGUGCGCCUCGGUGGGGGAAUGGCUGAGGGCCAUCAAGAUGGAGCGCUACGAAGACAGCUUCCUGCAGGCCGGCCUCAGCUCCGUGGACCAGCUGGCCCAGAUCACCACACAGGAUCUCCUCCACAUGGGUGUGACUCUGGCCGGCCAUCAGAGGAAAAUCCUCUCCAGCAUCCAGACAAUGACCUUUCAAAACAAGAGCACUGCGACGGUGACCUUCUAGCUCACCCCUCACUAACCUGGACGUGACCACCAGCACGCAGGUGCAGCCCAUGUACCGAGAGCACUCCGGAUCCUCUCCUGUGACCCACUUUGAACACGGACUCCAGGAGAGAUUGGCACAAUUUAUUCAUGACCAGGACGGAAAAAAAUAACUAGCUCAAGAUAUCUUUCCCCCAGAGGAUGAGAGAGUCGUCUGGAGACUGGCGAGUCCCUGUCACCCACAGUGACCAGGGGGAGAAGCUGAUGAUUUGCAGAAUGACUCAUUUUUAAAGUUUGCGCUCAGUGUUUUUAUAUCCACAAGAGAUUAGGGAGUAGACAUGCUAAACCAAGUGGAGAGACAGAUCAGUGUUUACAAAUUCCUCUAGUAUCUUGGUGUCCUGAAAACUGGCAGUUGACGGGUCUUCGACCCACAACCCAAAAACAUUGCUUCACCAAAGGACACCGAGAAGAAAAAAAUACCCGUGACAAUUAAAGGAUCCAUCUGUUUUCAUAUUGUUGUGUAAUUAUGAAUGAGAACUGCUUUAACUCUGGGUGUCUUACAUUAAAUCCAUCUGGAUUACAUUACUACUUCCAUCACCUGAACAUUUUAACAGUCGGAUUGUACUUUUUCUUCCAUUUGAUUUCAACAUUACCUCUUUGCUCAGGUGUGAUGUGUGAUGCAGACUCUGGAGAGUGCUGAACUCGUCCUAAUCAGACUCCUCUCAUCUUCCUCAGUCUGGCUCUCCCCUCUCCAGGCUCAGCAGCCAGUGAGGAGCGGGGAGACACACGACACAUAUCAGCACUUUCAUCAUAUCAGACUUCAUUCUAAUCUCUUAAGUAACUCCACGCUUCUCACUCGGAGUGUGUUGGGUUAUUUCCACUGCCUGUGAUUCUGCCGGCAGCUCCGUUUUUUAUUAUAAUCAGACUGAACAAAGGACCAAGUGGACUCAGAGACCAGAGAACACUGUCGAAUUGGUUUUCUUUACCAAGGAAGCAAUCUGACCUCGCACAUGUUUUGACUAAUACAAUUUCAAAACUCUGUAUUCUCCAUCUUCCAGUGCCAUUCAGUCAUCUUUGUGGACUUAAAUGCCAAUUUUUUUAAAGCAAAAAUCUCGUGGGUGAUUCAUGUUAAUGUGCCCUAAAGGGUUUGCUUUGACAUUUUGAAGUUUAGCGUAGAUAUUUUCCUUCAUCCGAUGUUUGUCAUGCCGUCUGUGAAAUGUUUCUGCUCUUGCUCAGCUAGCUGUACAAACAUUGUUUCCUGACACCCAGAUUGGGUAACGGUUUAGCUUUCUGUCAGCAGUAUCCAUUGGUUUCAGGCUGGAAUGCUAACAACACUGCUGAGCUCCUAUUUGAUUAGCAGAGCAGUCCCCCCCCUUCACAUUAUUACAUGUGCUUGGUGGGGAAGAAUAAUGGACUGGAGUUCAAAAUGUCAAAGUAUUUCCCAAAGACUUUGCAUCUCUUGAAGGAUAAUACCAGCCUUUUUGACAUUUGGGUCAGGUGUAAUUUCCCCCGGGUGGCUCCCAGACCUGCAGUGAAUCAGGAAAAUGGAGCUUAAGCAGCCACUUUGGAUACAAAAUGCAUUGCAACACUCUUCUCAGUAGUUUCCUUCUUGUGCCAGUGUGUAUUUUUUUUUCUUUAAGCUCUGUUUUGUGGUUGAUCGUUCUGUUAACUUUCUUUUUUCCCAUUCAGACUUUUUUUUAUGGGUUUUAAGAGGUUUAAGGUGCAAUUUUCACGCAUUUAUGUCCAAUCAAAUGUGAGGAGUAGCGUAGAUUCAAAUCCACUGAAUGCACACCAAAGGUUUUGUGAUGUAAUGUUCGCAGCACAUGCUAACUUAAAGCAACACUGUGUAACUUUUAGUGAGAAAUAGCACCCUCUGUAGGCACAUGCGAUAAUUAAUUAUGUUAGGUGUUGUGUCCAAGAGACUGAGUGGUUUUCAUGCAGAGAAAAACCAAAGCCUAUCAAUUUUUUGUUGAGCGGAGCUCUGAUUGUGUUGUACCACUCACUGAACUGAACCACAACAGAACGGUGGACAUUGUUCAAUUCAACUUUAUUUGUAUAGCGCCAAAUCAUAAUCAAGACACUUUACAUAGAAGGUCAGGAACCUUAAAAAUCCUAGAAACAGUUCCCACAAUGAGCAGCACGUAGGCAGCUGUGGGGAGAAAAAACUCAUUAACUGGAAGAAACAUCCAGCAGAAUCAAUGUGGGCGGUCAUCUGCCUUGACCGGUUAGGGUGAAACUGGGGGGGAGACGAGAAAUGGGUGGAAAAGAGGGGAGAGAAGAGAGAGAGAUGGGGGAGGGGGAAGAAAGAGAGGAGAGAGAGACCAGGAACAGUUGUGCACCAUCAGGUUUCAGCUCAAACUAGUUAUGAUGAAAACAAUAAGAGUGUAAAGAUGUUAUUAAUGAUAGCAACAGCAAUUCACGUAUGAUAUAAUAAUAACAUUACCCAUGAACCAUAAGUGCUCCACCAAACUGUGCUCAGAAUCCUUUAUAUUCUAAAAGUUUACACGCUGGAUGUUGGAGAUUAACACUGUUUUGUAAUUACUUCUACUGUAGUUGUAAUUAUAUGUACAGUGCAGCAUCACUCUUGAACUUGCCGUGUCUAAAUAUGACUUUUUAAACUGCGACUAUCAGUCUGCAAUCUCUGAGCCCAUUGGCUAUUCUAUGGCGGCUAAUCAUGAAUGACAUUGUUUACAGUCUUAUUAGUUUCUUUUAUCACUUUUUAUAUGUGUCUUAGAUCCAGAUGACAUUUUUUGCUAAACCCUAUUAACACAGAUCCGCAUAUGAAUGCAGAUAAAUUAAAAAGCCAGAUAUAUUCCAGCCAAUGUGUUCUGCCACAUGGUCUGUUUACAAUCUGCCAACCAAAGCCGGCUCAAACGUGAUUGGUCCAAAUAGCCUUACCGGUUCCGUGCCGCAUUCCCAGUGUCGCAGGAGAUCCCACCUGCUCACCGAGGUUACACAAAACAAGCAUUCAGGGUGAGGCGUAGGGAUGAAGGUGGCACCGUUCAGUGUACCAUCAAAUUCAUUUUGGUGCUGCUACUUUAAGGUGAAAAAGUUACAUAGUGUUGCUUUAAAGUGAUUGUGCUGCUACCAAAUGUGAUCAAAAUGCGUGUGAUGCCAAAAUCACCCAUUCUCUUCCUUUUUGCAACACAAAUUGCUGUCAGGCCUUAAUCAAAAACACUGGUAUUGUCGCGCAAGAGUGCGAGCGAUUCCCUCAAGGAUUAUGGGAAAUGCGGUCCUCAUAUUGAAGAUCUCAGUUAAACUAUGAAAAUCAUGAAUAGAUUGAAAAAAAGUAUGUUUUGAUUACCAUCCUGUGUGUACGCUAAUCUGUAUUCAGUAUUCAUAAUAAAGAUGCACAGCAGUGAUUAUCA